GUCACUCCAUCACAUUUCACAAUAUUUGUGUCUUGUUGACGGGCCUCGGCGAUCGUUCCUCGGCGUUUUCCUCAGUUUUUUUCUCCCUUUUGACUUAAACAGAGAGUCGUAUUUUUUCGGAGACGCUUCUGUCGUCUCUUGAGCUUGCCUUGAAUGAAUUCGUUCGGUUUUCCAGCGAAAUUUUCAGGUUUUGGCCGCCCAACGCGAUAGCGGUACGGUUUCUAGCGGGACUUCGGCUAGUCGACCAGGUACAACACCGAUUCGCUUCGAUACCACAGCGUUACGGAGCUACAGAACUCGCCCAACGGAGUCCUAGGCGUACAGAAAAGGAUGAAUUCGUCGUUUAUGAAGCCGCUGGUGGUACUAGCGGUCCCGGGUUUGUAUCUGUUCUACAAAUACAACCAGUAUCGCCGACAACAACAAGAGAGGCAGCGGAGAAAGGUGACCGAAAAGGAGCUGUUAGCGCUCAACCAGAAAAUCGACAAGUUACUACAGAAGUUGGAAGAGCAUGAGCCUGACUUAGCUGGGAGUAAAGAUGAAGAGUGUGUGAUCUGCAUCAACGCGAAGGCCCAGAUGCAGACCUACCCGUGCGGACACAAGGUGGUCUGCAGGAAGUGUUUCGUGAAGACGAUCCAGAUGGCCGUGUCUCAGAGAUGUUUGCCGCUGAGAUGUGUCAUCUGCAGGACCAGGAUCCUCAAGCUCAAGCAGUCAACCAUCAUGUAGCAAUCCCUCAGCUACAGUGUAGCAAUCGUGUAGCAAUUACUCUUGUUCUUCUGUCAUCAACUGUAGUAGAAUCAUGUAGCAAUCCCUUAGCGGUGGUGUAGCAAUCAUGUAGCAAUUCCUUCUUGUUCUUCUGUCAUCAACUGUAGUAGAAUCAUGUAGCAAUCUCUAUGUAGCUGUGGUGUAGCAAUCAUGUAGCAAUUCCUCGUUCUUCUGUCAUCAACUGUAGUAGAAUCAUGUAGUAUUCCCUCUUCUUCUGUUGUCAUCAUCAACUUUUUUUAUGUUUACCGAUUCGGAAGGAAAACAUAUUGUUUUUGCUCUGUUUUCUCUUCUUCUU